CGGCCGCUGCUCGACCGGGCCGGUGAACGCAGCCCCCUGGGCGGGCCAUAAGACUGCUUCAAAAAUGUUUGAUAUCAAGGCUUGGGCUGAGUAUGUUGUGGAAUGGGCUGCAAAGGACCCAUAUGGCUUCCUUACGACAGUUAUUUUGGCCCUUACUCCAUUGUUUCUAGCAAGUGCUGUACUAUCCUGGAAGUUGGCUAAGAUGACUGAGGCCAGAGACAAGGAGCAAAAGAAGAAGCAAAAACGUAAAGAGAAUAUUGCAAAAGCUAAGAGACUGAAAAAGGACUGAAGUAAUGAACAGACUUUGCAACCACUGGAAAAUAUUACAGCUUUGGAAGUAUCCCCUAAAGCUUCUCUGAAUUUUACGACAAAAGUAUAACUUUGUAAAUGAAUUCUGAACAUACAGAAGAAUCAUGCUCUGACCUCAUCUUGUCGCAACUUUGGACUCUGGUGUAGAAGUCUUGCUGACAGUUG